AUGAAAGCACUUGGGUUGACGGCUGUGUUGCUCUCAUGCGUGGCUGCUGUUUCUUUGGGUGCAGCAAUUGAUGAUCCUACUACUACCCAGCAGCAGCCCAACAUCAUAUUCAUCUUUACUGAUGAUCAAGAUGCUCGCCUUGACUCUUUGAAUUACAUGCUGAAUGUUCAAAAGUACCUCGUUGAGCAAGGAUCCGUGCACAAGAACCACUAUGCCACAAUUGCUGUAUGCUGCCCUAGCCGAGUUGGCCUUUUGCGAGGUCAAUACUCUCACAACACCAACAUCACUUCGGUAGCUCCCCCGCAUGGUGGUUAUGAUAAGUUCAGUAGACUUGGAUUAGGAGAAGAUUAUUUGCCAUUGUGGAUGCAAGAGGCAGGCUACUCGACCCACUACAUUGGUAAACUGAUGAAUGGAUAUAACAUCUUUAAUUAUGAUAGCCCAAAGCCUGCAGGCUUUGACUAUCAAGACCAACUGGUGGAUCCUUUCACAUACACCUAUAAUACGGCUGUCUUUUCGAAAAACGGCGAGCCACCAGUGUAUUACAAUGACACCUAUCAAACAGACGUUAUCCAUGCCAAAGCACUUGCAGCUCUAAAAGCUCAAAGAGAUGCUGAAAAGCCGUUCUUUUUGUGGGUUGCACCUAUGGCUCCUCAUGGUCAAUUCAAAUUCGUCAAUGGUGAUCCCGAGAACAUCGAAACAGAGCCUGCAGUCCCUGCUGCUCGGCAUGCAAACCUCUUCAAGGACGUGAAAAUUCCCCGCACUCCUCACUUUAAUCCAAUCAACCAGACAAAAACAGCCUCCUAUUGGAAGCAUUUGGAACAUCUCACCGAUGAAGAGGUUGAUGCCUUGGAUAACACUUAUCGACGUCGUCUCCAAGCUCUGCAAGCAGUCGACGAAAUGGUUGGAUCGCUUUUUGAAGAAUUGGAACAACAAGGGAAGCUUGACAACACUUACGUGUUUUACAGUGCUGAUAAUGGAUAUCACCUUGGGCAGCAUCGUGCCUUUGCUGGGAAAACCACCAAUAUUGAAGAGGACAUCAACGUGCCGCUCAUAAUUCGUGGACCUGGUGUACCCAAGGGACACAUCAAUCAUGUUGUCAGCUCACAUACCGACUUAGCACCUACAUUCCUUGCAUUAGCCAAAGGCGAUGCGUAUAUCCGAGAUUGGGUUGAUGGCGGUGUUAUCCCGGUGAUCCCCCAACUUCGAGACCAUCCCAAGCCGGUAUCCAAGGAAAGCUUUGUUGUGGAAUUUUGGAUGAAUGGUUUUAUGCAGAAUUACUCAGUAAGGGAUACUACAAGCCCCAACACGUACAAGACUAUACGUAUCAUAUCGGAGGACUAUAAUUACAAAUACAAUGUAUGGUGUACCGGUGAACAUGAGUUGUACGACUUGUAUGAUGACCCAUACGAAUUGCACAAUUUGUACGACUCUGGGCUGGUAUCCAUCCAGGUGAUCGAUCGAUUGGAUGCCUUGCUUGGUGUGCUCAAAUCAUGCCGAGGACACACUUGUCGUGAUCCUUGGCGUGUGCUGCAUCCUGACAACCCCAAUGUGCAAACAUUGGCAGACGCGUUACAUAUCAAUUAUGACCUUUAUUACCAGCGUUUUCGAAGAGUCACUUUUGGUGAAUGCCUCGACUUUUACUCUGCUAAGAAUGAGGAUGAGUACAUUAUCACCAGCGUAUCAAAUGAGGCGGUGGGUACCUUUGAAACCAUGGAUAAAGGUGGACAACAGCAAGUAGUAUUAACAGCGGCAGGUGCCACCCACCAAUGUGAACAAGGUCCAAGUGAUGCUGAUUAUGCAUCGAUGCCAUCUGAAGAAGUGAGACGGCUCUUUGAACUUGUUCCACAGCCGUCAGAGCCUAUUGGUCAUUACGUCCCCAGCAUUGAAGAGCUUAAUGCGCGAGCUAGUCCUGUACCUGAAGAAUUGACACAAAAGCGAGUUGACUGGUACAAGUAUGGCUUUUACAACGCAUACGGUAAUUGA